UAAUAAGGUAAAUAUCAUAGAAACUUUACACAGACUUUAACUCCAAAGUGAAAGAGAGAGAGAUAAGAUGGCCAUGGCAACUAAAUUAGUUUCCUCCUUUGCCGUAUUUCCCAUCCUCUUUUUGGUUAUCUUUGAAGUGCCAAAGACAGAAGCGCAAGAUACCGAGUGCUUGGUAGAAUACGGAGGUGAUGUGGGUUUCGCCUUCUGUGCGCCUUUGAUAUAUCCCCCGUUUUGCUAUACAAGAUGCCGUGGGGACAAGGGAUCUAAAGGUGGAAGAUGCGUUACGGGAGAGGGCAAUAAAUAUAAGUGCUUAUGCGACUUCUGCACCGACAAUUACAAACCACCUUUCGAUCAGAUUCUAAGUGGUAUUUGAAUAAUGUUGCAUGUGUGAAGUGUCAUGGUUUGUGUAAUAAUCAAGGUGGAAAUGUCCAAGUAAUAAUGUACGACUAAUGAAUAAAAGUGAAAUAAAAAAUAAAGCCUGAAGUAUCUAAUCUUA